AUGUCAUCUCUAACACAAGAACAACUACACAUUUACCCGGAAGUAAGGGUGAUAUUCUCUAAACUGGUCGUUCAAUUUGAAAGACCACCAUGUGAAUCACUUCUUGUCAUGUCCACAUGGUUAUGGCUUGAAAAUGUUGGUUGUGAAAACAUUUUCCCAACCAUCUCUAAUCUUCCAGAUGAUCUCCUUGUAACUUUUGCUAACGAAGCUGUCACCUGCUUCCAAUGCCUUGAGUCCCCUGAACCCCCGAAUGGCUCGAUCAACAAGAUCCCUCUCACUUCAAGCUCUAUAAACAUCUCACUUCCCGAUAUCUACCAAAAUCGAUGCGAAGCCAUUGCUGGAAUCAAAACUAUUUUAACCACCAUUUGUUCUAGAAUUUUUACCGACAUCCUUACACAAGUUGUUCCAUAUACUCCACCACCAUACAAUGUCCCCGGGCUCCAGCACCCUCUGAUGAUACCAGGCUUCCCGCAUCCGACUUUCGGAAACAUCAACGUCAUGCCUGAUGCCCCCAACAACACCGCACUCAUCUUGCCAACUGAUCCUUGGGAUUGGAACGAUCACUGCAUGGAAAGUGAGAACCACCGAACCUUGUUUUUAACGUUUUCUCGUGGCUUUCCUGUGUCGAAGGCCGAAGUUAAGGAGUUUUUCACCAGCACGUUUGGAGAAAAGUGUGUUGAAGGCGUCUACAUGCGAGGAAACAAUCAAUCACUGUGUGCAAAGUUGGUUUUGGACUCGGUCGUUACUAAGGAUCGUGUGCUACAAGGUCGCCAGAAAGAAAAGUUUACGAUCAAUAAUAAUAGGGUUACAAAAACCAUUUGGGCUAGUAAGUACGAGGAAAAGAAGAGCGGACGUCGUACUUAA